AUGCCGCACCGCGUUGUGAACUUCUUCCGGUCAUCAAGCCAAUCCCUCGAGAACCAAGUGUCCAUUCUCGCCAAAAAGAAGGCUGCAAGCACUGCCAGGAGGCGAGACUCACCCAGCAGAGACGGCAGAGAGUCCCGUACCCGAGAGCAGGUGUUUUCAUAUGCAUCGUCCCUGGACGACGACACAGACGACUCGCAUGCCCCUCCAUAUACCCCGCGUCUGACCAUGGGCGAGUCCCGGUCGAGCAGUUUCUCUUCGGACUCGCAGAAGGAUCGCGACAACGCCCACCACCAUAGAAUCUCGUUUCCGGUGAUGCACUUUGGGCGCACUGGAAAGGAAAGCCAUGCAACGGCGCAAGUAUCACUAGAUUGGAAGCUCGAGUCUCCUCCAAUCGUUAUGUAUGGCGACGCAGAGACCAGUACCGGCGCACUUGUCUCGGGCCAGCUGUUUCUCAAUGUCAAAGAGGCGGGGCUCGAGAUCGAGUCGUUCAAUGCCACGUUAAAUAUCCACAUAACGCAAAAGAAGCCCUUCGUGCACCAUUGUCACGAGUGCACCAACCAGUACACCGAUCUGAAAACAUGGAACUUUCUCCCUCAGCCAUUGACAAUGACCAAAGGCGAGCACUCGUUCCCAUUUUCUGUUCUCCUGGAUGGCCAUCUACCUUCCACCAUGGAUGGUCCGCUAGUGUCGAUUGCCUAUGAGAUCAAAGCCGAAGCCAUCCCUAGGAGCAACGGCACAUGCCUGACCCCCGUCCGCCUUGAAAAGGUGCUCGAGGUGAAGCGCAGUUUAGCGACGUCUGAGACGCCACACCAUUCGGUUCGCGUUUUCCCGCCGACAAACAUAAAGGCCAGCGCCCACUUUCCCCAUGUGAUCCACCCAAUCGGGAGUUCCACGCUCUCUCUCCGCCUGGACGGUAUCGCAAAGCAUAACGCAAAGGUCAACACCAUGGAGUACUGGAAAUUAAAGAAGCUCACGUGGCGACUGGAAGAGACGGUUAAGACGGUCGCACCGGCUUGUGGUCGACAUACCCCCAAGCCGGUCGAAAGUGCAGAUCAGCAAGACGACGAACAGAAAAAGGGUGUUGUUCGAACCGACACCCGAGCAAUUGGUGAAAAGACUCUCUUCUCGGGCUGGAAGAGUAACUACUUGAGCCCUACCGACAGCAUGGUUGAAGUUGAGCUCGAGUACAACUUGGCCAAACAUGCUAAAUCGGCGUGUGAUACUAAGAGCCGUGACGGUACCGAGGUGACGCACCAGCUCAUGGUUGAAAUGGUAGUCUCACAGGAGUGGGCCCCUGUCAACAAGCCGGCCCUCGUGACCCACACUGGCGUGGGCCGAAUACUCCGGAUGCACUUCGCUACCGUCCUCACGCAGCGUGCAGGCAUUGGUAUCAGCUGGGACAAUGAAGCGCCCCCGAUCUAUCAGGACGUACCUCCAAGCCCACCUGCAUACAGCCGAGCCACAUUUCUGGACGGAGAUAAUAUAAUCCCCGAGACUAUGGAGUCUCUCGACGGCGUCGUUGGUGAUGCGAGUUCUGAAGGGAGUUGA